UAGGCGAUAGACUCAGUUUAACCUUCCGCGUUUACAUGCAGCUGGUCAGCGAGACAUGUCACCUCCAGUCUCUGUUUGAGUUUGUUAACUUAAUCACACGAGCUGUUUUACUCGAAUGAAAGGAUUUAGGAGAGGGCUGCGAUGUGGCGUUGUCUUUUGAUUCUCUAUCUGACAUGUCUCGCGUUUACUCAGUCUGCGGAUCCGCUUUGUAGCAGCGUUCCAGAGUUCAAGCAUGAUCAAACUCAAUCGGUUUCGGCGACGUUUGGCCACAGCGUGGUCCUCACCUGCACAGCCUCCAUAGGUUUAAACCGCACCGAUUCAGACUGCAAAGACCUCCUGGAGUGGAUAAAAGAUGGCACACCGCUUACCAACCUCACCUACUCUGAAAAUGUAAAAGACUGGUACCCUGAUGAGGGUCACAUCAUUAAGAGCAGUGAAUUAACACUGACCCUGACAGAUCAGGCUGAUUUUGGUGUGUAUUUCUGCGUGGUGAGGAACAGCACAGCGCAAUUCAUCGUAAAGGAAUACAAAUCCCCAAGUCACACCGGGGCAGUGGUGGCGUCAGUGGUCCUGCUGCUUGUGCUCGCUCUGGCAGCGGUGGUCUAUUCCAAGUGCCGACUCAACUUUAAACUGUGGUAUAGGAACAUUUAUGGAGAGUAUGAGCUCAAUGAUGGCAAAAUGUGUGACGCCUACAUCUCAUAUGUCAGCAAUGAGAAUGACAGGAAAUUUGUCAACUUCAUCUUGAAACCUCAUUUGGAGAACAAGUACAGUCAUAAACUGCUGCUCAACGACACAAACAUCCUUCCUGGAGCUGAGCCGUCUGCAGAGCUGCUGAUGAACAUUAGUCGCUGUCGCCGGCUGAUUGUUGUUCUCUCUCAGUCAUACCUGGAGCAGGAGUGGUGCACAACCAACUUUAGACAGGGUUUGUGGCACUUGAUGGAGCUGUCGAGGAAGCCCAUCUUCAUCAUAUUUCAGUCGCAGCAGAAGCAAAUGAGCCAGGACAUCAGUCAUCAGCUGAGACAACACCAGCCCCGAAUCACGACCCUCACCUGGGGCGCACACUCCAUGACCCCUUCUUCAGGCUUCUGGAAGGAGCUGGCACUGGCGAUGCCGCUUAAGGUGACGUUUCACAGGGAAUCUGCCGGCGAUCCGCAGACUCUGCUGCAGGGCGAUAAAGAUCCCAUGCUCACGCAGCAGCCUGAUUACCUGGACUGCAGACCGGACCCCGAUCCCGCAGGAGACCUGGGUUUCCAUUUGCCCAUCUACAAGACCCUUCCCUCCAGAGCUCCUGUGCUUCCUGCAGAUCCAGGUGUGACGGCUGAACCAGAGAUAGACGUGUCUGACCUCGGCUCGAGGAACUACGCCGCACGCACUGAUUUUUACUGCCUGGUCACUGAGGAUGAUAUCUGAGACACACUCCUGUUCUUUUUUGCACUUUUAAGUUACUUUUAGCCCAAUGAUUUCUUGUUACUCUCACUGUUUCCUUUGUUUUUGUUUAUCUACACCUGUACGAUUAUGUAUGCACAAUUCUUUAUACUUUUAUGCAAAAUGUUUUAUAACAUUUCAUAUACAGUCAUAGGGAUUUUGGUUCUGUAUAUAUUUUAAUAAAGUUGUGGGGUCUGUG